AUGACCUCUUCCGACGUUCGCGAUGUGCUAAACCUGGGUGAUGGCGUAUCAGGUCUGAGGCCGAGCAAGAAGCAAAAGAUUGCUACACCAAGACCAAACUUGAAGGGUUUGGCUCGUGAGGUACACAAUCUGGGGGGCGACAACCCCAUUGCUAUUGUCCCCGAAGCUAUACAUUUCAAGAAGCGACGCUUUGCAAGCCGCAAGCCUGCAGCGAGAUGGGAGAUGCGAUCGUUCAAAAACUCGGCGCGUACCGAUUCAGAUUUCACUUUGCGGCACUGGAGGAGGAAGGAUGAGAAGCAAGAUGAUAGUGACGUAUCACCAGAACAAACGAGUCAAGGAGAACAGCCACAACUACUCAGAGAUGGAACGGAGAACUCUGCGUUUGCAAAAUACAACGUGCAGGUUUCAGUCCCGCAGUACAGCGAAGAUCAGUACCAGCAAUCAUUACAACACAAUGACUGGACCAAGGAGGAAACGGAUUAUUUGCUCGAGUUGGCGCGCGACUUUGACCUUCGAUGGCCUCUGAUCUGGGAUCGCUACGAAUGGAACCCUCCCGCGACGAACGGAGAGGCUGAUGCCGACGGCGAUGAGAGCAAGGCCAUCGUUCCAGCAACACGGCCACGUUCUCUGGAAGACCUCAAGGCAAGAUACUACGAAGUUGCUUCCAAGAUGAUGGCAGCGCAAAAGCCUGUGCAGUACAUGACGCAGCCCGAAUUCUCUCUCCAUGAACUCAUGGCGCAUUUCAAUCCACAGCAAGAGAAAUUAAGAAAGGAGUUUGCGCUCAACGCCUUGACCCGGUCACGCGAAGAAGCCCGUGAAGAGGAAUCGCUAUUGCUGGAAAUUAAGCGCAUUCUGGCACGUAGUGAGCGUUUCAACGAAGAGCGUCGCGAGUUGUAUAAUCGCCUCGAUUAUCCUCGAGCGGACACUGACAUAAAUGCCUUCAAAUCUUCUGCUGGCUUGCAGAACCUCCUUCAGAACCUAAUGACCGCCGACAAGUCCAAGAAGCGCAAGUCGUUGAUGCCUGGCGAUGGUACCAGCCCUUCUGGCACCGCACCACCGCAGACAGCGGCUGCUGCAUCUUCGGCCGCUACCGCUGCCGCUGCGGCGCAAGAAGCUGGGAGGCGGGAAAGCACAGCUGCGUCCACGGGGCCUCGUGAUUCUACUGGACCUGCCGCUACACCGACAGCUUCGAACAACAAAAAGGGUCAGCAACAGCAACAACAGGAGCGCCGUAAGCUCUCAACACAGGAGGAGCUACUGUACGGUGUGACACAUCAUGAUCGAUUGGGCUCUGGACCGACAUUCCGAACCGAGAGAAUCAAUAAGCUGUUCUCACACAAGUCUCAUCAACAACAGAACCGCAUCACAAAUGUUCUGAACGAACUGGACGUCCCUAACAAACUUGCCAUGCCCACCGCGGCUACGACACAUCAGUACGAACAGCUCCUUGCGGCUGUCAAUAGUCUGCUUGAUGCCCGCAAGGUAUCGGACAAGCUUGAUGCUGAGAUCAAAGUUGAGCAGGCCAAAAAAGCAGAACGGGAAAAGGCUAUGGCCCCCCCUGAAUCUGAGUCUACAGUCGAAAAGGACAAGGCAGACCAGGACACAGGAACCGACAAUGACUCAGAGGCAGGAGCCGCUACUGGAGCGACCGCCAGCAAAGCAGAUGGCGACGUCACAUCUGCACCUGGAGAUACAAGCAAGGAUAUCUCAGAAAUGACAGCCCCUACUAUUGAGGCCUCAGACGCCUCGAGCAAGGAAACAGAACUGCUCAAUGAAAUCGACAAGAACGGGCGUCCUGGUAGCAGCGGUGCCGCGCACAAGAGAAGUGCCAGCGUUCUGAGUAGUGUCAGCGACAAGAGCAAUAAAAGACAGAAGAAGUAG